AUGAACUUAAAAAAGCUUAUCAUAUUCUUCUUGUUACUUUUCCUAACGAAUUUGUGCGGUCUAAUACUGGCUAGCAAUUAUGAUCAGUACAUAGAUAGAUUGAUAAAUGAUGGAAAAUUAUUAUAUGAUGAUUAUAUAAAACAGAAUCCUAGUUUAGAAUCAACAUUAGAACGUUUAUAUUCAAUCGAGCAUCCAAUUUUUCAAGAAGAUUAUCCAGAAAAUUAUGAAAUUACUGAUAAACAAUGGAAUGCAAAUAAUAUUAAUGAAGUUCUAAAUGAACCAAGUUUAACAGAACGUCGAAAUGAAAUUGCUUAUCAAAAUUCUCUAUGGGGUGAACAUAAAGUUUCUGGAGGUUCCAGUGAAACAGGUCAAUGGAUAGAUUAUGCUUUAUUGGGAGCUGAAGCACAAGAUACAACAGCUAAUAAUUUAAAUCUAUCUAGUGAACUGGAAUCAUCUCAUAUAGAAUCUAAAUUUGAUAAUUUACCUGCUUAUUGUGAUCCACCAAAUCCAUGUCCAUUAAAUUAUAAAUCAAAUGAUUUACCAACACCGUGUGAUCAAGAUAUUGAAGAUACUAUUGAAUUUAAUCGACAUUGGAUAAUAAGAAAAAUGCAAAAUGGUGAAUGUUCAUGUGAUAAUGAACAUAUGGAUAACUGUCCAGUUGAAUCAAAUGAAAAUGGACAUAAAACUAAUUUUAUGUCUGGACAAAAGACUGAUGGAAAAAUUUUCUUGAUAAAUCCAUAUCUACGAGGAGAAAGUCGUAAAAGGCUGGUAGCUAAAAAACGAGUUAAACGUUCACACAAUUAUCGUUAUAAUCCUUAUUUAUUGGGUAGUGUUCACAAGACUGCAGUGAAAAAAAUGGGACCAUAUAAACCAUCACAAGAAAAGUAUAUGUAA